CUCUUUUUUUUAAAGCUGUGGUAAAUGUUCAGCUCUUGGGUUUCUGAAUCCUUCCUCUCAUGUAACUGGGGUUUAUGGACACAGUUAAGCUUUAAGGUCUGUAGUUCAGUGUGGUUUUUCCUAGGUUUUGAUGUUGUGCUGGGUGUGUGUAUGUGUGUGUUGUGCUGGGUAGAUAGGUUUUUGUUUUGUGUUUGUGUGGGUAUUUAUUGCAUUUUAUUCAGUUAAAAGCAUUUUGUAAUAUCCAUUUAUGUAUUAUUUUGGGGGGAGGCGGUUGAGACAGGGUUUUUCUGUGUAGCAUUGGCUAUCCUGGGACUUGCUCUGUAGGCUAGGCUGGCCUCGAACUCAUAGAGAUCUGCCUUCCUCUACCUUCCAAGUGCUGGAAAAAUAUUUCUCUUAAUUUUCUCUUUUUCAUUUUAAUUCCCUCAGUUCACUCUGUCCCUUCCCACUUUUUGUGUCAUCUUUUGUUGUUGUUUAAAUGAUUUACCAACUAAUGUAUGGGGACAUCCACUGAAAUGUGGUCCUUCUCUGGAAGCCAUUGAGUGUCCAUAACUACUCAGUUAGAGGCGGGGACUUCUGAGCCCCCCUCUCUUCCAUGUACACAUUGACUGGCUUGAUCAUGUGCUGCUCUUGUGCAGGCAACCACAGCUGCUGUGAGUUGAUGGGUGCAGUGGUCAUGUGGUGUCCAGAAGUUUUGCUUGGGUAUUCCCAAACCUUAGGGUCUUAGAGUAUUACUUCCCCCCUCCCUCAUCAGGGGUAGAGUUUUGUUUUGAUUUUGCCUUUUUGGGGGUGGGGUGGGGGAUAUUAAUUGUCUCAUCUGUAGCUGAGCACUGCAGUGGCACAUCUGCGCUUUGUACUUUGACCAGUUGUGAGUCUUGCAUUCUUCACCCUCUACUCCACUGCACGAGGAAGCCUCUCUUAGGCAGUUGGAGAGCUGCACUGCUCUGUGAGUGUAGACAUACAGUUUAGAAGCCAACUUGCUAUAAUGUCCAUUUAGCAGAGUAAUGAUAGAGGCUCACUUCUGGGCCUGUUGGUUCUUAGCCACAUGCGGAUCCUUCUGUAGCACUUGAUCACACACCUGAAAGGAUAAAAAUGUCAGCGUGUAAUAGAUUCCUGCAUACCCAGGUUUAUCAGUGAGCGACAGUAUUUGGAACUGACAGGAUGCAUAGGAUCAGCCUAAGUGUCUAUCAGCCGAUGGAGAGAUAAAGGUAUACUGUAUACACAAAGUAGGCUUUACUUCCACCAUAACGAAUGCGGUUAUGUUAUUUUUUGAAGAAAUAGAUAGAUCUGGGUAGCAUAAUAUGAAGAAAAAUGAGCAAAACUCAAAUACCACUUUUUCUUUUAUACAUAAACUCCAGAUUAGAGUACCUACAAACAAAUCUAAGUAAGACACAUGAAAAUAGAGGACUUUGGGGAGUAGAUUGGGAUAGUAAAAGGAUAUAGAAUGGUAUAUGAGCAAAAUAUAUGAUAUUCAUGUAUAGAAAUUGCAUAGCACAACAUUUUUGGUAUGCUAACUUAUACUUGUGCCUAAUCUUAACAUAAAAGAAGAAGCCAUAUAACUAAAACUGACUUUAUUUUCAAAAAGGUACUGUAUUGAAUCAGCUUUUUGUUUUGUUUUGGUUUUUUGUUUGUUUUUCGAGACAGGGUUUCUCUGUGUAGCCUUGGCUGUCCUGGAACUCACUCUGUAGACCAUGCUGGCCUUGAACUCAGAAAUCUGCCUGCCUCUGCCUCCCAAGUUCUGGGAUUAAAGGCAUGCACCACCACAGCCCGGCCUAAAUCAGUGAUUUUGAUAGUUAAUUUAUUUCUUUUCAUUUUAUCCCUUACUUUGGAAUUAGAUGUGAGUUGUCAAACUUUUGUGGGGUAGAUAAUGUAUGAAUCAUAGUCAUAGCCUUGUGCAUGUUGAACCACUGAAUUGUGCUUUGGCUCCUAAAAAGCUUUUUGUUUUUUCUUUCCUGUUUCUUUUGAGACAAGGUCUCCAUUAACUCAGUAAGUAUGGCCUCAAACUUUUAUAAGUAUGAGGGUGACCUUGAACUUCUGGCCCUCUCACCUAAGCACCACUCUGCCAUUUUAUGUGGUAUUGGGGAUAGAACCUAGGGCCUCAUGCACAUUAGCCAAGCACUCAACCAGUUGAGCACAUCCCCAGCCCCCAAACACUUUCUUGGAAAGAAUUAGCACAACUGCUCUUGUGUUGCAGUGUGAGCACAGCCAUAGAUGGAAGAUGGUCUGCCAUAUAUAAAAAUGAAAUCUCAUCUGUGGACAUGGAAAUUUGAUUUUUAUACAUGAAAGAAACUGGUUGUUCUCUUCCAAGGAUGUUAGUGGUGCAAUGGAUGAGCUUCACAGUCUGGAUCCAAGAAGGCAAGAAUUAUUGGAAGCGAGAUUUACUGGAGUUGCUACUGGGAGUACUGGGAGUACUGGGAGCUGCAGUGUUGGAGCAAAAGCUUCAACAAAUAAUGAAAGUUCUAAUCACAGUUUUGGAAGCUUAGGAUCUCUAAGUGACAAAGAAUCAGAGACACCAGAGAAGAAACAAUCAGAGUCAUCCAGGGGAAGAAAGAGAAAAGCAGAAAGUCAGAAUGAAAGUAGUCAGGGAAAAAGUAUUGGGGGACGUGGCCACAAGAUUAGCGACUAUUUUGAAUACCAAGGUGGAAAUGGCUCGAGUCCAGUAAGAGGCAUCCCUCCAGCAAUCCGUUCUCCGCAAAACUCACACUCACAUUCCACUCCUUCCUCAUCUGUUCGACCGAAUAGCCCUUCUCCUACUGCAUUAGCUUUCGGGGACCACCCUGUUGUACAACCAAAGCAGUUAUCCUUUAAGAUCACUCAAACUGAUCUUACAAUGCUGAAAUUGGCAGCAUUAGAAAGUACUAAAAAUCAAGACCUGGAGAAGAAGGAAGGCCGGAUUGAUGAUUUGCUCAGGGCCAACUGUGAUCUCAGGCGGCAAAUAGAUGAUCAACAGAAAUUACUUGAAAAAUACAAAGAAAGAUUAAAUAAGUGCAUAUCUAUGAGCAAGAAACUACUUAUUGAAAAGAGUACACAAGAAAAAUUGUCUAGCAGAGAGAAGAGUAUGCAAGAUCGGUUGCGCCUUGGGCACUUUACCACAGUUAGACACGGCGCUUCUUUUACAGAACAGUGGACAGAUGGUUUUGCAUUUCAGAAUCUUGUGAAGCAACAAGAAUGGGUGAAUCAACAAAGGGAAGAUAUUGAACGGCAAAGAAAACUUCUCGCCAAACGCAAACCUCCCACAGCUAAUAAUUCUCAGGCACCUGCUACCAAUUCUGAACCAAAACAAAGAAAAAACAAGGCAGUCAAUGGAGCAGAAAAUGAUCCCUUUGUUAGGCCAAAUUUACCACAACUGCUGACUCUGGCAGAGUAUCAUGAACAAGAGGAAAUUUUUAAACUUAGACUAGGACAUCUCAAAAAGGAAGAGGCUGAAAUCCAGGCGGAACUGGAGCGUUUGGAGAGGGUCCGGAACCUUCACAUCCGAGAGCUGAAGAGAAUAAACAAUGAGGAUAAUUCACAGUUCAAAGAUCAUCCAACGUUAAAUGAAAGAUAUUUAUUACUUCAUCUGCUUGGAAGAGGUGGCUUUAGUGAAGUCUAUAAGGCAUUCGACUUGUAUGAGCAAAGAUACGCUGCUGUGAAGAUCCACCAGCUUAAUAAGAGCUGGAGAGACGAGAAGAAAGAGAACUACCAUAAACACGCUUGCCGGGAGUAUCGAAUACACAAGGAGCUGGACCACCCCAGAAUAGUUAAGCUCUACGAUUACUUCUCCUUGGAUACAGAUACGUUUUGUACAGUGCUAGAGUACUGUGAAGGCAAUGACUUGGACUUCUACCUGAAGCAGCACAAGUUGAUGUCUGAGAAAGAAGCUCGGUCUAUUGUGAUGCAGAUUGUGAAUGCCUUACGCUAUCUCAAUGAAAUCAAACCUCCUAUUAUACAUUAUGACCUUAAGCCAGGAAAUAUCCUUCUGGUAGAUGGAACAGCGUGUGGAGAAAUCAAAAUCACUGAUUUUGGUCUGUCCAAGAUUAUGGAUGACGAUAGUUACGGUGUUGAUGGGAUGGAUCUGACUUCCCAGGGGGCAGGCACUUACUGGUAUUUACCUCCUGAGUGCUUUGUAGUUGGAAAAGAGCCACCGAAGAUCUCCAACAAGGUUGACGUGUGGUCAGUUGGGGUCAUCUUCUUCCAGUGCCUCUAUGGUAGAAAACCAUUUGGUCACAAUCAAUCUCAACAAGACAUUCUACAGGAAAACACAAUACUGAAAGCCACAGAAGUCCAGUUCCCUGUAAAACCUGUUGUAAGCAGUGAAGCCAAGGCCUUCAUAAGACGCUGUUUGGCUUACCGAAAAGAAGAUCGAUUUGAUGUGCACCAGCUGGCAAAUGACCCAUACCUUCUGCCACACAUGAGAAGAUCAAAUUCUUCAGGAAACUUACAUAUGUCUGGGCUGACAGCAGCUCCCACACCUCCUUCUUCAAGCAUAAUUACUUACUGACUCCUCCAAGAUUGGCAUGCUCUCUUCUCUUUGAUUGGCUUCCAGAUGCAUACUUGAAUUUGAGUGCAUUUGAGUGUUUGUGGGUUUUUACAUGGGACAUGGUUAAGAAGUGUUUGUGAACUAAAGCUCUCCCAGGAGUCCUUUGUGUGAGAGUGGAUCAUGGACAGUGACUAAGUACACACUCACUCCUCACUGCCCCGGAGCAGCACGAAACAGGAAUACCAUGUUACGGUAGAACAAGGGGCUCUGUAAAUAACGUUUAUAAUACUUAAAUAUACUUGAUUGUUACUGGAGAGUUGUAAUCUGAAGGGUACUUUUCAUUAUUUAAGAACACAUGGAAAAAUGAGGAGACAUUUGUAACCCGGGAGCUACAGUGCCUGGUACAGCAUCAGCACUCGGCAGCUGAUCUACAGAAACCAAAGCAAGAACUGAGUGACAGCGGCCGCAGUGUUUAUAACAGAAUGUGAGAGUUAGGGUCUUUGGACAGUUGGAGACUUUGUCAUUUGCCUAUUCUGGCUUUUACCAAGUUGUACCUCGAGAUCACAUGUCAGUGGUCCGCCGCCCUACCCCCGACCCCUUAACCGGUUGUUAAAGGCAAGCUGUCGUUUCCGGACACUUUACACCUUUAACACAAAGAGCUGCCUAUUUCAAAUCAGUUGAAGUUACUAAAUGAUAGUGUUUCCAGGGCUUUCAGUGGGUUAGAUUAACAGGCGUUUUUCUUUUGUUUCCAGGCCUGGUUCAUUAAAACAGAAGACAGUGUGUAACCAAAAGCAGGCCAGUUGUAUGCAGGAUAAUGAUGAAUUCCCUUCUGGCUCUAUUGUAAACUACUGUACAGAUGUCGGAUUACAAUUACUGAGUUUCAGCAGCUUAUUCUUGUACAAAUGUUUAAAAAUACGGCUUUUCUAAUUGGAUAUUGUAUUUUUUUUAAGUCUUCUUGAAGGCGCUUUAAUUGCUGCUAAAUGAUAUUGCUUUUUUGCUAUAAAAAAAUUGAAUGACCUUGAAGGCACAAGUUGACUGUACAUCAUAGAGAGAUAUUAAAAGCAGGCACUCGUUAACAAUCAAGGCAUGUGCAGUGAUCCAUGCUGGGCAUAUUGAGUUCUUCAAAUCCGUUUUUUAGGUUCUGGAGCUGUGGAACACAUAGAAACUAGAUUUAUACAUUGCCCGUGGUUAUUCUACAUUUCUAGAAAGUUCCUAGCAUCAAGGUGGGAUGAUAGCCCCAUAGAAUGUUCCUUGUGGUUUGUACAGAUUUGUUAAAAUGUGAACAUUUGCUAACUACCUUGUGUGGUAGAAACCAAUAUUUUUUGGGGGAUGCUGUAUUUCAUUCUUGAAAGGAUUUUUUUUUCCUUUAUUGUCACAUUCAUAAUGCCGAGACUUACAUGUAAGUUGUCCAUGGUGCAGACAACAGGCUAUCCCUGCCAGCCGCCCCUAACAUGUACAGUUACACUGUGGCUCUUACCUGGUGUUGCAAGCCAUUUCGUUUGUUUGUUUUCAUUGUACAUAGACACACUGUCUGUUUAAGAUGCUGCUGGAAUUAUAGAGAAUGUAGCCAAACAGUAAUAAACAACGACAGUAAAAAUGUAAA